ACCGGCCUUGCGAUACCUGCCAGGUACUGGGUAUACCGGGAUUCGGGUACGAGGACUGUAUAGUACUGUAUCAUCCCACCCGUACUGCCCCCGCAGGCAGAUCAUGCAUUUAAAGGAGCGACUACCUAUUUACAUAGAGUGGUACAGUUGAUCCGUCUUCGUGUCCGUCGCGGAACCAAACAUCAACAUCUGCCCACUCCACACGACUCAGAAAAGCGAAACCGACCGCCUCUCCACCGCCUCCGCCUCCUCUUCUCCUCCGACCACAGCAAUGUCUCCCCCCGCGCAAGAAGCUGUCGCAACCGGCGUCGCCAAGGAUGGGCUGUUCAUCCCGCUCAUUGACUUCGGCAUGUUCCUACACGGCGACGAAGCCGAGAAGGCAGCGGCCGUGAAGGGAGUUAUCGACGGCUUCAAGAAUGCGGGGUUCCUAUACCUCAAGAAUCAUGGAAUCCCGAAGGAAACUGUCGACAAGGUCUUUGCCACCUCCGCCGACUUCUUUGCGCGGCCGCAGGAGGAGAAGGAUGCGGUGAAAUGGCUCACCCCCGAAUCCAACCGCGGCUACGUCGCUGCCGGGCGCGAGAAAGCGUCUCAAGUGACGGACAGCGCAGCGACGAUCGAUGCUCUACGCAGCAGCGCACCAGACCUAAAAGAAUCCAUCGAGAUCGGGCGGGACGACCACCCCACGAUGCCGAACAACUGGCCCUUUGGGGACCCCGAGUUCCGCUCCACAAUGACCACGUUUUUUUCCACGUGCCAGGCUUUACACGUGCAAGUGAUGCGGGCGAUCGCGCUCGGCCUCGGGCUGGACGAGGCGUUCUUUGACGGCUUCAUCGACGCGGCGGAUAACAACCUGCGGCUGCUGCACUACCCGCCGACGCCUGCGGCCGUGUUCAAGAGGAAUGCGGGGCAGGUGAGGCUGGGCAAGCAUAGCGACUAUGGUACUGUCACCCUGCUGUUUCAGGAUUUGCGUGGCGGACUGCAGGUCAGAAGUCCGCAGGGAAGCUGGGUAGAUGCGACUCCGAUUGAGGACACGAUUGUUAUCAAUGCGGGGGAUCUGCUCGCGAGGUGGAGUAAUAGGAUCAUUGCGAGCACGGAGCAUCAGGUCGUUGAGCCGCCCAGCGAGCCGGUCGAUGGUCAGUAUCCGGCUAGGUACUCGUGCGCCUACUUCUGCAACCCAAACACGGACGCCUACAUCGAGGCGCUCCCGGGAACCUUCGCUACCGAGGAGGAGAAGCACUUUCCCGGGAUCAAUGCGGGCCAGUACCUGGUGCAGCGGCUGUCGCAGACGAUAAAGUACUAGACGGACAGACAGACGAUGGGAGUGGGAGGGCUGGAGAGCGAUAUCUAUGAUUUUUGCGCGAGGUGUCGGUGGUUGGGGGAGCAAGUGAUCUGGCAGGGAAGGGGGGGGGUGGAUGAUUGCCAUGUGUUUGUUGGGACUUGGAAGAUGUUUCGGGUGGUUGGGUGGUUGGGUGGACUCGUUUUGCUGGCUGAAAUGAAUUACCCAUACCGAAGUGCAUACUGUCGCUUUACAUUACUUAGAGUGUUUCGGCGCUGCCAUCAGGUGCAAAGGAACGUACAGUACCCGA